UCACGUCUCUCGGCGAAGAAAUUCACCCACGUGUCCGUGCCGCUGGCGAAUUUCUACGUCGGGGAUCUUCGCGUCGCAUGGCCGUCAGGCGGCGCGAUGGAAGUCGGCAUGAGACACACUCGAGACGCCGAUCCCCGACGACGACGCGACACCGAUCGUCUCCCAAAGCGGAGUCAGUAGCAAGUAGUCUCCGCGGUUGUGCGGAGUGUACGAGCGCACGUGUCGUGAACCGCCGCUGCCGUCCGCGUCCGAGUCUUUCGAGCGGCGAUUGUGACGAAUCCUCCUGCUGUCUCCGGCCGAUCGCGCGAAUUGACCGAAUUGCCGCAGAUUAGAUCAGAAAAGAUUAGAUCGAACGGAGGGAAAGAAAAUUGGAGCCGUGCGAGCAGUUGCAGUAAUCGUUCCUCGGAGUGACGGGACUCUUCUUCUCGGGCUCAACCCGCGUGCGCUUUAAAUCGCUUGGAAUUAAAGUCGCGGACAGUUAAGAAUCAGAUUUUGGAAUGCCGCCAGAUACCGACAAUGAUUUUCACGUCAAAGAGAUACAGGACAUGGUCAACGUGAUACAGAGGAUGAUCAAGGACGGUCACAUUUUCAAAAAUCCCGAGGUGGUCAAUAUUGUUCUGGAACCUGGUAUAUGCUCCAAGGACGAGGAGGUGGACAAUGACUGCGUAGUGAGAGCACGCGGUCUCCCCUGGCAAUCCUCAGAUCAGGACAUCGCCAAGUUUUUUCGUGGGUUAAAUGUUGCCAAGGGUGGUGUAGCUCUUUGUUUAAGUCCUAUGGGAAGGCGUAACGGCGAGGCAUUGGUACGGUUUAUUAAUAAAGAACACAGAGACAUGGCGCUGAAGCGGCAUAAACAUCACAUGGGUACACGAUACAUAGAGGUUUACAAGGCCUCCGGCGAGGAUUUUGUUGGCGUUGCUGGUGGUACGAGCGGGGAGGCGCACGCUUUUCUGUCACGCGGGGCUCAAGUCAUCGUUAGAAUGAGAGGCUUGCCGUAUGAUUGUGUUGCUAAACAAGUGCUGGAAUUUUUUCAAUCCGGACAAAAACCAUGCCAAGUGCUGGACGGCGAGGACGGCGUGCUGUUUGUAAAGAAACCGGAUGGUAGAGCAACAGGUGACGCCUUCGUGUUAUUUGCGAAGGAGGAGGACGCGGUGAAAGCCUUGAGCAAGCACAGAGACUGCAUCGGCAGCCGUUAUAUAGAACUUUUUCGAAGCACAACCGCGGAAGUGCAACAGGUCCUAAAUAGGGCGACAGAUCCGAAACAGGUAAUACUACCACCACCGCCUAUCACGCAACUUCCACCCUUACUUCCCCAGCAUAUCAUUACGUCCGGUACGCGCAAAGAUUGCGUUAGGCUUCGUGGUUUGCCGUACGAGGCACUCGUCGAACACAUUUUGGAAUUUAUGGGUGAACAUUCUAAAAAUAUCGUCUAUCAGGGUGUUCACAUGGUUUAUAAUGCUCAGGGCCAACCGUCCGGCGAGGCAUUUAUUCAGAUGGACAGCGAGGCAUCGGCAUACGCGUGCGCGUCGCAACGGCAUCAUCGGUACAUGAUCUACGGCAAGAAGCAGCGGUACAUCGAAGUGUUCCAGUGUAGCGGCGACGACAUGAAUCUGGUAUUGACAGGUGCGGUAACACCGCCGUCGACCAAGGCGCUACUAUCACCCGGGGGCACGAUGUUGCCACCACCGCCCGUAGCGAUAUUUCCGCCUGCGGCCGCGAUGUUGCCCCGCGGCCCGCCGCAAUUCGCCACGCCGUAUCCGCCGCCCAUCUUCUACUGGCCUUACCCCUCGCCGCCGGUUAGUCCGACCAAUUAUUACACCCCCGCGAGCGUCGGCGGCAUCGCACCGAUUCCUCAGCAAGCUGCUCUGUUGGCGCCAGCUGAAUGUCUGCAAUUAGCACCCGGUGCAACGACGCUGCCGACGUCCACGGCCACGGGACCGGACGCCCGUAUCGACGCGUACCUACCACGAGUGGAGCUGGAUAAACGCAUGGCCGCGCUGCCACCGCCGCAGACCGAGUGCAAUCCCUUCGUUGAGGUUUUCAUGGUUUGAUCUCCUCGGCCGGAUCCUUCUUGCCUUCUUGUCCCGGUUCCUUGCCUCGAUAGACACGCGAUCCUGAGUAGUCGGCGAGACGAGCGGUCGAGACCGCUCAUAGAAUCGACUAGAACGGGAUAUCGCGUGAGAAGGGGCCGUUGUUUCAGGGGCACCCGCGCGAAUCCUUGACAGAACGGUCCUCGUCCUCGUCGAUGUUCGACGGGGCCUAGCAAUAUUUUUCGACGCGACAAUUUUUCGUACGCAUCGCGUACGUAAACUUAGACGUACACGGCAAAGUGCAAAUGCAAAGGUGUAAUUUCUCCACCCUCCGCCCCUUACCCCUACGCGUUUUCUCCAAAGGAAAUCACCCCCCUUCUCUCGUAAAUUUCCGACGCGCCGGCCGCGAGAGCGACGCGUUUCUUUCUAGUCUAGAGAUAGAUAGGAGCCGUUGUGGCGCGAUGCACAGCGGCGUCGUUUCUUUCUCGUCCGAUUUGUUCCGAUUUUCCCUCCCCUGGAAUGAGACGAACCGCGUAUCGCGUUCUCCUCCAUUUAAUCCUCCUUUUUUUUUGCUUUAUUUCUUUUAUUACGUUACACUCUUAUCAUUUCCGUUGCAACGACGUUGCAAAUUGGACUUCGAUCCUCGCCCGUACUUUUGCCCGCGUCGACUUGGAAGGGCUUGCGGAAUAGAUGAAUUAUGAAUAUAUGUACAUAUAUAUUCGAGCAACGGAUUUGCACGUGUCUCGCGUGCUCUUAUAUUUUAGAUAUACAAAUUACGCAUUAAAUAGAUUGUAAAUAAUAAUUAUAUUUACCGAUCGCCGUGAACGAUUGCAUCGGAUAAUGUUUCAGGAUGUGGCCCGUGCCGCGCACUCGCGUUUGCGAUUAUUGUCCAAACGCCGUCAGAUUUGUAUCGAUUACCGCGGACGGUAUUUAAAAAAAGAUCGAGCUUGGAGUUACGUUGCGGGCUACGUCUCGUUAGUUUUUCCGUUUCUCAAAUUUUACGUGUGACCUGUUUUACGACGAUUACUUAAUUUAAUUUUUAAAGUUUUAAGAUGAGAAUUAAUAUAUAACAUGUAUACAUAUGUUACAUAUGUAUGUAUAUUUUUCAUCGGUCGUUCGUCUCUCUCAUCGUUCGGCCAUAAAUUGUUAAAUUCGCAUUGCGCUUUCCUCUUGUUUUUUUUUUCUCUUCAAACGUGCGUUCUCCAUGUCUUUCAGUAUACACGUAUACGCUGUUAAACGACGACGUCUCGUUUCUCACGUUAAAACAGCAAAUAUUACAAAAGUCUUCCGUUAGUCUCUCGCCUCUCCUCGCCGAGAGCGAAUUUCGCUGUCCCGUUCGUUCUAUUCGAACCUAGAGAUACAUAUCGACUCAUAUUAAUCACAACGAUCAGCACAUAUUAGCGUUACAGUUGACACUUUUACGAUACGAUAUGUGUAUAGGAGUAUGUAGACGUAAGUGAAAUAUCCGUUCGGAACUUAUAACUCGUUAAGUUAAAGAAUACGGCCGCGACAGAUUUUUAGCCGCCUGUAUAGCUCAACUACACAAUUUAUAUUUCGGAUUCGUAUAUGGAAUACGGGUCCGGUUGAAUUGACACUUCGCCGAAGGCCGGUGUGAAAUUCGAUUAUUUUCUUCCCCGCCUUGCGGAAGGUGACAAUUGCGAUAUUAAUUGCCGAGUUCAAUUUUAAGUAUAUCGACACUUGCGUGUCAAAGCAAGUCCGAAUUUAAGUCGUCAGAUUUAUUAGAUCGUACGAAUAAAGACGAAGGUUCUUUGUAGAUGAUUAAGAAAGGAAAAUGUAUCCUAAGAAGAAUUAUUCCUUCGAACUAUGUACAAUCUUCGCUUCAAUGAAGCCUGCAAUAUUUGCUUGGAAAAAUGUUUAUAUCAUCGAGGCGGAUAAAAUCGUGUAUAAUUACGUAUAGCCGACAAUUUAUUUCGCGAUAAAGGUGAUUAUGGAGAAAAGAGAUGUCUUCUCACGACCAUUUUUCCAUAGCUUCUCUUUAGCUACUUCACAAUUUUAAAUUUUAAUCUCGAACGUAAAUGAUUGCUGGCGAUGCAUUUUUCGCUCGCCUCAACGUUUUUAUCCGUGCGAUCUACUUCGCUUCGCUCAAACGCAACGAAAGUAAACGAGAUCGCGCGCGAUCGGGGUUCGUCUGGCGCGCGUGAUCCUUCCUCGCUCCUCUUCCUUUUAGUCCUUUAUAUGACAAUUUCGCCGAACUUCGGCGCGCGCUUCGACGCUCCGAUCCUUGACGAGCGCGAUUUAGGCACGACCGUCGCGGCUCCGCGAUUCGGAUGCAGCCGCCGCAUCCCUACCGGGGGGCUCAAUGUUUGUCGUGCCGUCGUUACCGUACGUGUGAUCACGCACGACUGGUGCAAUAGUUGAUAAUCGUCUCGUGGUAAAUUCGUGCAAUAGAGAUCAAGCAGGUGCGCCUCCGGUGCUGAGGAACGCUAAAACGGCUUUAGUCGAGGUUUAGUCUGGUUUGAAAAACCGCCGACCUUGCCAAGUGAAUACUUUCCCCUUUCUCUCUCUGCGGCGUUGAUAUGUUAUUUUAUUAUUGUAUAUAGAUAAUAUCGAGAUCUACAUUUUAUAUAUAAAAGGAAACUGUAGACAGUUCCCUUCACGAAUAACUUGUCUGCCGUUAAUAAAAACCACACAGGUGCAAUACCUGGUUUAUUUAAAAUUGCACUGCGCGUUAACGCUGACAAUUACGAUCAAGUUAUUUUUACUCGUUGCAUACACGCGUCUCUAGUAGGUUGCGAUAACGCGUACCGCUGUCCAAAUGCAUCCGUAAGCAACGGAGGUACCUGAUUGGGCGAUCUCGAAAUGAGCCUUCUUUUAUAUAUAGAUAUAAUAGAAAGAAUUGUAUAUAUAUACACAUAUAUAUACACCCACAAAUGCACACCUAUAAAUUACAUAUCUGUAAUAUUGUAAGAUUAUACGCGUCUCUACCAGCCGAAGAAAUGUUGCGUCGCGUCUCUCCAAAGGCGCGGAAAUUGGAGAGUGGGAAGCCGUUUCGCUGAUACGUAAGCCGCGUUGCAGCCACAUCGAGUGUGGCACCGCGGAAUUUCUUCGUCGAUUAAUUGUUGUCAGACGUAGAAAGAAUCUCCCCCAUGCCAAUGUUCGUUUCAGCGGUCCGAGAAAAAAAAACGGCUGCGACGAAUAGUAA